UUGAUUUGAUUAAUUCAACAGCAGAUAACCUAAAAUUCAAACAUCUUACCUACAUAAACUAGUCUGGUUUGGCUAGGUAUACUUCUUCUCUUUUGAAUCAUGCAUUGGAAGCAAAAAGCUGUAUCAUUCUACGGAUAAUUUUCGCAGUACCUACCUAAUGAACUUUUAAAAUCUGCGGUGCAAGUUGUUUUGAUGGCAUCCUUCUAACUGCAAGUUACUUUGUUCGUUUCCAUGAGACCUAAUAUGUUUGCAAAGGGCUCGACAUAAGUGUGGGUCGUUUGUAUAUCGCUUCUUGGGUCCAGGUUGUUUGCAACCGAUCUGAUUCUUUAAAAUAGUCUGCAGCAUAUAGGUACGCGUGUGCAUUAAACUGCAAACGGCCCUUGCCCCUUUUCAUGAAGGCACAAAACCUUUGGCACCUGUUUGAUCGACAUUUCGACAUUUCGACAAUCGACAACCAGCAACUGACACCAAACGGAUCAAACGAAUCAAACGGGUGCCCAAUGUUUCAUCGUGGAAGGGGUGUGUUAUUCAUCUUUCCUGGUAGCUUUUCAUAUCAUUGCAAUUUUUGUUAUAUUUUAUUUUGCGCGUCCCAAACGUUUUCCAUUUCCAUAUUUUCCAUAUCAUUUCUAUAUAUCGAUGAGCUCGCUGGUUUAACAACGACUUUAACUCCACGCACUUUAUCAUCGCGCUCCGAAAAGCCACCCGCCCCCUGCUGCGCAUCACCUUCAAAAGCUCUUGUUAUCCGAUCUCUGUCACAUCCGUCGCGUCCUCGCUUAUUCCGCGUCCGGGCCGUCGUGGCACAUGUCUCACCAGAAGCGGGCAGGUCGGCGCGGGGCGCCGUCCUGGGGUCAAGGGUCAGCGGGUAGAGGUCGGUCGCCCGGACGGCGCAGCCAGAGAUGAUUGCAAAACGUCCCCGGCGCCCGAGCGCCUGCCGGGGGCCGCCAACCGCCGCGGGCUUACAUAUAGACCCCCGGUCGGCGGCCGGCCGGUUCAGUGCGGCGUCCAGGGAGCAGCAGACAUGAAGUCAAUAUUGUUGGUAGCAGCGCUGGCGGUGGUGUCGGCUUCGCCACAAUAUGACGCCUACAGUGAAUCCGACUCGUACGAGCCGUUCGACCCUCCGAAGUACGAGUUCGAGUACUCGGUGAAGGACGCCGCCUCUGUGAACGACUACGGCCAGCGCGAGGAGCGCGACGGCCCCAGCACGGCCGGCUCGUACGAGGUGCGUCUGCCCGACACCCGGCUCCAGCGGGUCGUCUACACCGUCGACGGCGACUCUGGCUUCAUCGCCGACGUCGAGUUCGACGGGGAGGCGCAGCACCCGGCCGAGUACGACUCAUCGGCGGGGGGCAGCGGGUACGCCGCUCCCGCCCAGAGCUACACACCGAGCUACCCGGAGCCCGCCAGACCGGCGUACGAGCCGGCCGAGCCUGCGGCGACCUACAGACCUGCGCCGAGCCCGCCCAAAGUCAGCUACCGCCCCGCGCCGAGCCCGCCGAGGACGUCGUACCGCCCGGCUCCCAGCCCGCCCAAAGAGAGCUACCGCCCGACCACCACCACCCCGAAACCAACCUACCGUCCCGCUACCAGCCCGCCCAGAGUGAGCUACCGUCCCACUCCCAGCGCCCCCAAAACGAGCUAUGGCCCAGCUCCGAGCCCACCGAAAACGACGUACCGUCCGGCUCCCAGCCCACCGAAAGUGAGCUACCGUCCCAAAACGAGCUACCGUCCCGCACCGACCCAGGCAGCGAUCGAGUACUCCCCGACAUCCGAACCAACCACCACCACCACCACCACAGAGCCAUCUGUGUACGGAAACAAGAAGCUCAAGUUCGCGCGCGUGCCGUCGGACGUGUACGACAAGCCGCUGUUCCGGUCUGACUACGAGCGGGCGGUGGGCAGCCGCAGCGGCGGCAGCCGGAAGAAGAAGCAGCCGGCGCCGGCACGCUACGGCCCCAGUGCCGUGCUCAUCGGGUCUGACGACGACAGGUACCUGGUGCCGGGCACACCUGGCCUGCAGAAGCUGCUGGCGGCGCCGUGGGUGUCCUACAAGAAGGCGGUCGACUCGUACCUAGCCAAGGAGGACCUGGCCGACGACGGCGAGGGUGCCGGGAAGGUGACGUACGCGGGCGGUCGGGACGGCGACCAUCCAGCGGAGGACUCGCACGGAGCGGCCAGCAGCGCGGUGCCGUUCGGCGCCCGGAUCUCACAGAAUUAGGCCGGCGCGGGAGGCGAGACUGCGCUGACUAUAUGAUCAGUCAGUGGAAUCGGAGGGCGGCUGGCGGUCCCGCUGAGAAUUAUCCGACCCCCCGCUGCCGCUGUUAGAGCAUACGGGGUUCUUCGCUCCCUAGAGACUUGUCCAAUCAUAGUACAACGUUGGCUUGAAUCCAACACAACUCGCUAAAACGAAAUGCUCAAAAGCUUCGCUUGAUUGUCUUCCCGGGUAUGCCUACUUCAUGGUUGGCGUGAUCAGAGCGAUAAAAUGUAGGUAUUAUUUUUUCUAAUCACGGUGCUGAGCUAAGGUAUCCAUCGUUUCAUCAUUGAUGAUUCGUUAUUUAUGACUGAACGAAGAACUCGGGUAGUGGGUCAGCUGCCAUAUGACAGCGAAGCUUGCGUCAUUUAUAUUUAUUAUUGAGUGAGUAGGAACAUGACGUGAAUUUCUGUAGAUAUGAUGUCGAAUGGACGAUGUACUCUAUAGUAAAGUCAAAAGUGUGCAGGGUGACUGGCUCAGAAUGUUUAUUUAUGACUUGGUGCUUUCGUUUCUGCUGGUUCUCUGAACGUAUGAUUGCUACCAUUAUGUGUACAAUACAGAGUAUUAAAGAAA